UAGAGGCGUGGACAACAGUAACAAACAAGUGAGAACGCUUCAGCAACUUCAGCGCAUUUUCGGAGUAAAUUCCCGGCGCUAGAAUAGCACUUCCUCGGACAUUUGUAGACAUUAUGGUCCCCUAAAGUCACCGGGAACUCUUUGUGACUCUAACACCGCGACUUUGCCGAGUUUUUGCGGAGUUUAGAGGUUGCGAGGCGUGUCAGAAAGGAAUUCGGGACUAGGACAACCUCCAAGGAGUUUUUCUUCCUCUUUAAUCAACUUGUUUGACAACACUCUUGGGUUGUUGUUGUGAUACUUUAGAGAUUGAUAUUCGGCAGAGUUUUUAACCAGAAAGGAACACAGAAGAACCAGACAAGAUGCCGGACACGGGAAAGACGGACAUGGAGAGGCUGGGUAUAUUCCAGGAGAUGGGCUACACAACCAUCGGGGACAAGUACAAACUGCCUAAAAUGAACUUUAACGAUGCAGCAGGAAAAGGCAAGCAGAUGUUACCCGGCGGCAGUAAGACGAGAACCGCGCUCCAGGCCGGUUACUUCGACAAAACGUUUAACCGCGUGAUGGAAGCGGAGGCCUACACCGACCCCAUCAAACUCCGCCGGCAGCACAGACUCAAGGAGGCCAAGAAAAACCUGGGGAAACCCUUCCUGCCAAGUAACGGGGAUAAGAAACCCUCCGGGCUGGGUAAUUCCUACGGGACGUUCGCUGGACCCGUGGGUGCGUUCUCUCCCGUUGCGCGGCCAAAGAAAGCGUACGUGGCGCCGGGGAAAAACGUGCUGACCAACCCGCCAAAAAAUGGAACAGGAUACGGCUAUCCUAAUGUGACCUUGGGGAAGUCGGCGCCCUACGCUCCUGACCCCUACGAGCGCGCCAAGGACAUCAGAAAUCGAGAAAUGGAUGGUUCCAAGAAGCUGAUGAAGGGGUCAGCGUUCCGGUUGAACCUGGCGCCGAAGGAUUACUUCGACGGGAAUCCGUACCGGUCCGACCGCCCGCUCGGGCCGCCCAAGAAAAUCCCCAGCGCCAAGAGGGACUUCAAACCUUUCAAACCCAGCUCUCCUGCCAAGAGGGUUGGAGGCAUGAAGGCCGGGACCUUUGACCCUUACCCUUCGCACUCUAACGACCCGUACGUGGUGAAACAGAAGCGAGCCAUCACCACCAACAAAGAGGGGAAAAUCUUCCACCCGUCGCCCGGGCCGAAAACCGCGCCGACCAACUCCAUACUGGAGUCAAACGUUAUCAAGCGGUUGAACACCAGUAACUAUCGCCAGCUGGCUGCACAAGGUUACACGUCCUUCCCCUCCAUGCAGGCGAGAACGCACACCGCGCCCAGUGUCAUCACCACUGCUGCAUAAACCACAUACAUAGCCUCAGAGGGUGUGGAGGGGGGUUACGAGCUCUCACAUUUUGUAGCAAUCCUCCCAGCCUUCAGUACUAGACUCUGGUGACACAUUAGGAGCUUUGCAGAUUCAGCAUUCUAGAAAACCCUGCCCACACCCUCCUGUUAGAGGAUGUGUGAGGGGGUUACAAGUGAUCAUGUUCAGUGAAAAUUGUCCUGGCCUGUCAGGCUCAGCACAUGCAGUGAAAAUUUUCCUUGAAAAAUGAACUUCUUCAGCCAGAAAGAUUGCAGGAUUACUGCAUCAAUAAACCCCCAUCCACACCCUCGAAGUGUCCUACUUAUUUCCAGUUUCCCUCAGGUCCACAUUGGAUCCUCAUUUAAUAUCGCACAACAAAAGUUUUUUUUUUUUUCAAACUUCCACCUUAAGUUUACAUAUCUUUUGAUAAAUAUUAUCACCUCAAGGAUUUGAGCUCAUUUAAAAACAGAUACUUCAAGGAAUUCAGCGAAAUGGUACAUGUAUUUUCUGUGUAUGUUUGGAGCAUAUCUCUGGUACAGAUAUUCUGAUGUUCAUAUCACGAAGUGGAAGAAAAUGUUCUUUUUGUAAUCCAGGCAUUCAGCUGCUACUAAUGAGAUGUUAUAUUUUAACAUUAAGGCACCUCCCAGGCAUGCACUAUAUGUUAUCAGUGUCUGCAAAUGGGGGUUAGCAGUUUCAGGUACAGAAAGCUAAACUAUUACAUACCGGUGCGCAUGUACCCCUAUGUUAGCCUCUAGGUGUGUGCACUGUGUAAGUACUGUGUUUAUAUGGUGCCAUUUUAUCAGGGGUGACUUGGUUGUAAUUAUCAAGAAGUUAGAGAAUUUUUUUUUUUCUAUGAGUUAUAUCUCAGACUAUUGUUUAUACGGGCUGGUAUAGCAAAUAUUGUCAUGACUUAUUAAACAUAUCACUGUUGCAUGCGGAUAUGUACAUUUUCGUAAAAGUCUGAAAUCUUUACGAUUGCUACUUUGUUGUGCUCACGUCUUGCUGUGAAACGUCUGCCAGAGUACGAGUCAGAUGAAAAAAAUCAUGUAUA